AUGUUCUGCCUCACAUUCCUCAUUGUCUCCUUGUUCCAUGCGCGACAAGUCAUAGCACUUUGUUUGGCCAAUGGAACUCCCGAGCACGCACGACAAUAUCUUCAAACCGAUGCUUUGGAGAAUAUGUCAGUUGGCCUACUCCUGGGCCCUUGGCAGAGUAACUUCGCCGUGACCAAGAUUGCUGAGAUUCUCGUGACUGAGGUCCUAGGUCUACAUGCCAAGUUGCACUCGGAGAUGAUGGCGAAUUCAGCAGGAGCGAUUUUUGCCGUUGGUGGAUGCGUGGACUUCAACCAUGCAGACUUGGGACAAAAGAAAUGUGGCCUGCAGGAGACGCAGAUACAUGUAGCUCUCGAUGCUUGGGUUGGAGUUGCUGUGUCAGAACAAACAGCUUUCCAAAAGAUGUACCCAUCUCUAGCUCCGGAAGAUAUGGGUGGAAUGGGCUAUCGUGGAUUCGAAACCAUGUAUGUGACCCAAUCUGCAUUUCAAGAGGCCUACGAUUCAGAGGGGUUGGCUUUGAACUUCUACCUCAGCUACAAUACCACUCAUCAUGACACAAAGAGAUACUUCACAUCCAUCUCCGAUCUCAAUGUCUCGGAUAUGAUCUCCUGCGCUGAUGGCACUUCAUUCAUGAACACAGAGCACAUGGGCAACUACUACCGUUGGACAGGUGAUAUUGAUGGAGUAACACUGCAGCUUGAUGGGACUUACAUUGGCAAAUGCUCCGGCCCGGGGGGUUACUGGUGGCUGGCGCCUUCAUGUCGACAUGAUGUGAUGGCCUGCAUCCCUUUGGUCACAGCUUCCAAUGGAUGGUUUCUUCAACCGUUGCUGCAGUGGUCAACAGCCUAUGGAAUCCCUGCCGCGGUCGGGAUCAUUCCAAGCUUUGCUGAUUGGUCCAGAACUGUGAAAACGACUCGAUCCCUCUUCUAUUGGUGGGUUCCUGACACGACAUUUCUUGAACUCCAACCAGAAUCCAUUGUAUUCCCACCUUUCCGUGCCUCAGAGUGGGUUUUGGGAAACAAAAGGACCUCUGGAUCUGGAACCUACAUUGCAAAGCUGACCAGCCCAAAUUUGCGCCAGAAAUCUCCCCGCUUGCGAAGCUUCAUUUCCAAAUUGUCGAUGGACUUGAACACUGUGAUGGACAUUCUCCAGGACGUUCGCACUUUGCCACUUUCUUCUUUGGAUGCUUGGCAGGAUCCUGCAUGCAGCUGGAUCACAAGACACGAGCACAUUUGGUCCAAGUGGAUUCCUGUUGAUACCAACUGCUUCUUGGGCUUUGGAGUGGUCGAUGAGCACGGUACUUUCUUGCCAUCCAAGACAGGUGCCGUAAGCUGUGAUGUGUGCCCACCAGGUACCUUCUCAGAGGAGCUUUCUGACGGCCAAAGCCGUCGUUGUACUCCAUGUCCACCUGGCAGCAGCCAGAGUAAAGCAUCUGCUUCCCACUGUGAUGAAUGCAAGCCAGGUAGCGUGGCUGCCACGGAAGGCAGUGUUGCAUGCACGCCCUGUGGAGUGGGACUGUAUCAAGAUGCUUUUGGCAAAGCAGCUUGCGUGACAUGCGCGGACGACACCACCACAUUGCUCAAAGGAGCCAGCGACAAGGAAGAAUGUGUUUGCAAAAGCGGUUUCAUUGAAUCCAAUCGCCAAUGUGUACCCUGUGGAGAAGGAUUGACGUGCCCCAGUGGAAGCACCGUGAAGUUGCUUUUGGAUGGGGAGAGCAGUGGAGGCAGUGGAGAGGACAGGCCACAGAUUUCGCAAUCGUACUUCAGUUGGCCAGAGGAACCGCUAGAAAUAUACAAGUGCCCUGGACCCCAUUGCGCAGGCGGCACGCCAGGCACUUGCGUUGGAGGGCGGCUAGGCCCUACGUGUGACGAGUGUCCUUCCGGCAUGUACGGCACAAGCGAUGGUUGCCAAAGCUGUGGGAUCCCGAUGAUGGCGGUUUGGACUGGUGGGAUAUGUGGAGUUCUUGUUCUGGUCUUCGGAACAUACUAUUUCGCCAACCCUCGCUACAUGUUGAAGGUCUCUCUGGCAGAAUGCGCCAAGAUAGGAUUUGACAUGACCCUUGCUUUCAUGCAGAACUUGGGGGUGUUGAAUGCCGUGUCUGUCCCGUGGCCUGAAGGGCUUCGAAGCUUAUUCCAGUUCUCGGCGUUGUUCAUCCUGAACCUGCGCUCGUUGGGCUUCAACUGCGCAGCUGGUGGUGACGUGCAGCAGUACACCGCCACUGUUCUCUUGUUUUUGGGUAUUGCUUUGAGCUGGCCAUGCUUGGGAUCUCUAUCACAACUGCCCUGCAUCAAAAGGAGAGGUAUGGCAUGGGAUUUUCACAAAACUCUUGGUGUGACAGGGAGUUUUCUCCAGGUGGUGUUCACGACCUUGUGCAAUGUUGGACUAGUUCCAUUCAUGUGCUUUAGCCAUCCCAAUGGCCGCAGCAGCAUUGCAAAGUAUCCGAACAUAUUUUGUGGUGGUCCUGACCAUUUGACGAUGCAAAUACUGGCCGCACUCAUUCUCAGCAUGGGCCUCACACACUUUGCUGCUUGUUCCUGGGCCAUCAAGAAGGCACCUGCAUGGUCGACCACAUCGCGACAUCGCCUCACCAGUGUUCACUUCUUGAUUGCCAACUUCAAGCCAGGCGCAUGGUGGUUUGGCUUGAUUAUAUUGCUUCGUGGUCCCCUUAUCUCCCUACCCACAGUGGUGGCAACGGAUCUACCUGGCGUCAACCUCGCCUUAAUGAUUUGUGUGUGGCUGUCAUACUUGUCGAUCCAGCUCCUUUACCUGCCUUGGAAGGCCCCUCUCCUCAACUUGGUCGACGGUAUUUCAACAAUGCUAUUUCUGGUGCUGCUAGCAGUGUCCCUUCAUUUGGAGCCUGUGCUGCCGGAGUCGAUCUUGAUUUUGGAGAUCAUUGGCCUUGGUGUGUAUUAUUUGAGCAUUGGGGUGAUUCUGUGCGUUUGCGUCCUCUCCAUCUUCUUAAUGGUAUUAAAGCGAUGCUCGCGUUCGGGUGCUCGCACUGGACCUCGCAUCGUCAAUCUGGGUCAGUUGCCAGACCCAGAAGAAAUCCUUGAGACCAUUGAGCAGAUAUACUUCAAUUUGAAAGCAAAAAAAGACGUCACUGAACUUGUCAACAAAAUGUCAACUUCAUUGUCUGUGGAUGAUCUUCAUAUCGUACAAAAGGCAUUGAACAUCCUGUCUACUGACUGCGAGUUGGGAGGUGGCGGGAGUUCUCGCGGCCGAAUUGCAGCCACUCGAAUUAGCCAGAUGUCGAGGAAGAGCUUUGCUUCUCUGCGUGAAGAGCAGCGCCAGAAGUCUUCAGAUGAGGCAUGCGAGAUCCAACAGGAAAGCAUCGCCAGUGGAAGCAGCGAUGAAGUCAAACAAGAGCGAGAUGAACUGAAAGAUCCACCAUCAGAUGAUAUUUCAAUUUAG